AUUCGUUUCCGAGGACGAUUAUUAUCGAUUUUACAAAGGUUUUUGUCUGAACUGAAGAAUACAAUUCAAUGGAGUGUGUAGUUCAAGGAAUCAUUGAGACACAACAUGUUGAAGCUCUUGAGAUUCUUCUUCAAGGUCUUUGUGGUGUUCAACGCGAACGUUUGAGAGUUCAUGAGUUGUGUUUAAAAAGCGGCCCAAAUCUUGGAGUUGUAACCUCAGAUGUUAGGCUUUUAUGUGAUCUUGAUCAACCAGACCCAACAUGGACUGUUAAACAUGUUGGAGGUGCAAUGAGAGGUGCUGGAGCUGAUCAAAUCUCAGUGAUGGUAAGAACUAUGAUUGAAAGUAAAGUAAGCAAGAACUCUUUGCGUAUGUUCUACGCACUCGGUUAUAAACUUGAUCACGAGCUUCUCAAAGUCGGGUUCGCCUUUCAUUUCCAACGGACUGCCCACAUAAGUGUCUCUGUAUCUUCGGUUAAUAAGAUGCCCAAAGUCCAUGCUAUAGAUGAGGCUGUCCCUGUAACGCAUGGGAUGCAGAUUGUUGAUGUAACAGCUCCAGCAACACCUGAGAAUUACAGCGAAGUCGCAGCUGCUGUUUCAUCUUUCUGUGAAUUUCUCGCCCCGCUUGUUCACUUGUCGAAACCAUUUAUCUCCACGGGAGUUGUGCCAACCGCUGCUGCAGCUGCCGCAUCUCUUAUGUCGGAUGGAGGAGGUACUACAUUGUAAGCAGUUGGCUCUUUGUGUUCUAUCUUGUUAGAUCUUUAGGUCUGUUGUAGUCGAAUUUCUUUCAGAUCACACGAUGGCUGUGAAAUCUUGUGAAUCAUUUUAGAGUUGAAUAUGUGAUGAGUUAGGGAUCUUUAAAAAUGACAAGUUGCAGAAGAUUUUUUGUUCUUCUCUCAACCUUUUGGUAACAAAAUGUUUCCAUUGUUGUUAGUAGACUAAAAGAUUUCGAAGCUUUAAUUUCAA